AUGGAUCUCGAGGAGUACAAGCAGAAUUUACCCAGGCUACCGAUCUCGAAGUGCAAGAAAAUUGCGCGUACAGAUCCGGAAUAUAUGUUGACCAGUCAAACGGCAUUUGCUGCUACAGCCUUCAGCACGGAACUCUUCGUCCAGAUGCUUGCCGAGGAAACGUGCUCGCUAGCACAGAUCCACAACAAGACCAAGACUCUCAGGCUCAACUACGAGGAUCUCUCAACGACCAUCAGAAACUUGGACAAGUUCCAAUUUCUCUCGGACGUGGUACCUCAAACUGAGAAUUUGGCGUCGCUAGUCAGGGAAAACAAGGUCAGAUACACAAUUGUAAACCCGAGCCCCGAGGUGGACAUUGUGAGCGAGGACGAGGAGGACGAAUCGAUUCCUGACACUGAGGAUCAGGGACCCCCCGCCCCCGUCCCAGCUGCUGCUGCUGCUGCUGCUGCCGAAUCUGUUCCAACACAACCAGAAGAGGUGCAACCCUAG